AUGCCCGACAAUCAAACUGAUCUGAAUACAGACGGCUUAACAAGAGCAGAGCUUUUCAAAAAUAAUGAUGGUUUAACGUACAAUGAUUUUAUUAUAUUGCCUGGUUAUAUUGAUUUUCCAUCAGAUAAUGUUGAUUUGACAUCAAAGCUGACGAAAAAAUUGACAAUCAAAACACCAUUUGUCAGUUCGCCAAUGGACACAGUGACCGAAUCUAACAUGGCUAUUGCAAUGGCAUUAAAUGGAGGAAUUGGAAUUAUCCAUCACAAUUGCACAAUUGACUUACAGGUAGCAGAAGUAAGACGCGUGAAACGAUAUGAACAAGGAUUUAUAACCGAUCCACUAGUAUUAAGUCCAACAAAUACCGUGGCAGAUGUUUAUGAGAUUAAACAGAGUCACGGGUUUUCCGGAAUACCAGUAACAAAAACAGGAAAAAUCAAUAGCAAGUUACUUGGACUAAUUACAUUUCGUGAUAUUGAUUUUUUAUCAAAAGAUCAAUGGUCAACAAUACUUGUUGAACAAGUUAUGACACCCAUAAAUGAAUUGAUUACAGCCAAAAAUGAUUUAACAUUGAAAGAUGCAUACCAUAUACUGCAGUGUAGUAAGAAAGGUAAACUUCCAAUUGUCAAUUCAAACGGCGAUUUGGUUUCUCUUAUUGCGCGUACAGAUUUAGAAAAAAAUCGCGAUUAUCCGUUGGCAUCCAAAGAUCAUCGUCGUCAAUUGUUAGUGGGUGCUGCCAUUGGCACUCGAAAAGAGGAUGAAAAACGUUUACAUAUGUUAGUCCAAGCUGGUGUUGAUGUUAUUGUUCUUGAUUCAUCUCAAGGAAACUCAAUUUAUCAAAUAAAUAUGAUCAAAACAAUCAAAUCAAAAUAUCCUGAUGUACAGAUUAUAGGUGGCAAUGUUGUUACCCAAGCACAAGCUAAAAAUUUAAUCGAUGCUGGAGUAGAUGCAUUAAGAGUUGGUAUGGGUAGCGGUUCUAUUUGUAUUACACAAGAAGUGAUGGCUGUUGGACGCGCACAAGCAACAGCUGUGUAUAAAGUAGCCGAAUAUGCUCGCCGUUAUGAUGUACCAGUAAUCGCUGACGGUGGUAUUAGUUGUGUAGGACAUAUCGUGAAAGCGUUGGCAUUAGGUGCAAGUACUGUGAUGAUGGGAAGCCUUCUUGCUGGUACACAAGAAGCACCCGGUGCUUAUUAUUAUCAGGACGGUGUGAGAUUGAAAAAAUAUCGUGGUAUGGGUUCACUUGAAGCCAUGAAUGUCUGUACACAGUCUUCCGCUGCUAGUCGGUAUUAUUCUGAAACAGAUCAUGUUAAAGUAGCACAAGGUGUGAGUGGAAGUGUCGUUGAUAAAGGUUCAAUACAUCGUUUUAUUGGAGGCUACUUAUAUACGGGCAUACAAAAAUCUUUACAAGAUAUAGGAUAUACAUCAUUAGACAAAUUACAUUCAGAGAGUUAUAAUGGAAACGUUAAACUGGAAAAACGGACGGCAAGCGCACAAGUCGAAGGAGGUGUACAUGGUCUUCAUAAAUACGAAAAACAAUUGUUUUGA